AUGCAACAACAAUUAUAUUUACCAGUUAUAAACAGUCUUGAAAAUUUAUUCAAGUCAAAAAAAGAUUAUGAUGUCAUUAUACAAGCUGGUGAAGAUAAUGAUCAAAAAGAAAUUUUUGCUCAUUCAAACAUUCUUCGUUAUCAAUCAGAUUAUUUUGAUACGGCUUUUUCUGAUAACAGGGUUAAAAGAAAAGAUGGAAAAUACUUUUUUGAGAAACCAAAUAUUUCGCCUUAUAUUUUUGAAAUUAUUAUAAGACAUUUAUAUUGUGGACAAUUGAAUUUAAACGUCAUGAAUGGACCGGAUAUAUUAAAAUUAUUGGUCGCUACAGAAGAACUUGGGUUGGAUAGAGUACUCUCUGAAUAUAUACAAGAAUUUUUGAUCGAAGAUCAGAAUAAAUUCUCACAAGAUGAUUGCAUUGAACUUCUUAAAAUUGUUUUUCAACAUGGGACUUUUACUAUAUUGGAAGAUUAUUGUUUAAAAACGAUUUGUCAAGUACCAGCUAUUUUAUUCGGAACUGAUAAAAUAUUGUCACUACCCGCACAAAUAUUGGAAUUAUUGCUCAAACGAGACGAUCUUGCGCUAGAUGAAAUUGAACUAUGGAAUAAUUUGGUUAGGUGGGCUCACGCACAACAACCUACUGUUAAUAAAGACCCUUCUAAAUGGACUAAGGAUGAAUUAAUUUUGAUGGAGAAGAUGCUAUUGAACUUUAUCCCUUUAAUUAGGUUCCAUAAUAUAUCUUCUGAGGAAUAUUACAACAAAAUAUUACCGUAUGAUGAUUUGUUACCAAAAAAGCUAAGAAACGAGAUCUUAAAGUCUUACUUGGUCACAAAUGUAGAACAGAUAGGAUUGUUACCAUCAAGAUUCUCUUUUGACGUUAAUGUUAAUUCUGUUCUUAUAAACGCAACACAUUUAUCAUUAUUUACGGGAUGGAUAGACAAAGAUGACGAAGCAUUACAAAUUAUUCCUUACAAAUUUAAUCUUAUCUUUCGUGCUAGUAGAGAUGGUUAUAAAGCCUCAGUAUUUCAUGAAAAAUGUAAUAACGAAGGAUCAAUUAUUAUACUCGGUAAAAUUAGAGGGACAAAUCAAAUAGUCGGUGGAUAUAAACCAUUUUAUUGGGAAGGACCUGGUGUCUACAAAUAUACUCGAGAUAGUUUUGUAUUUUUCUUUAAUGAUUAUAGAUAUAUUGACACAGGUAAAAUUGGAAAAUUGAUUGAUGAAGAUCUUACUUUAAUUUGUAAUGGCAGAUGGAUGCCAAUUUUCGGGAAAGACCUAGCAAUGCAACUUAAUGGUUACAAAUGGACUUCUUCUCCAUAUGCUUAUCCUAAUCUCAAUAUUCCAAAUAAUUUCGAGAUUGAUGAUUAUGAAGUUUUCCAGUCGGAUUUAAAUGAAAAAUGGAUCGUCAUUUCACUUUGGCCUGAAGUUCUAUUAUGUUGCUAG